CACUGUUAAGGUCACUGCUGUCAUUCGUGAGCUAGCUAAGCCAAGCCAGCCAGCCGCCCCACAGCAGCGGAGGAGACACAGCAAGGAACCCCCAGUGAACAACCGCCACCAUGUCUCUGUCUAACAAACUCACACUAGAUAAGGUGGACGUCAAGGGGAAGAGGGUCAUCAUGAGGGUUGACUUCAAUGUCCCAAUGAAGGACAAGCACAUCACCAACAACCAGAGGAUCAAGGCAGCCGUUCCCAGCAUCCAACACUGCCUGGAUCACGGUGCCAAGUCAGUGGUACUGAUGAGCCAUUUGGGCCGCCCCGAUGGUAACUUUGUGCCAGAGAAAUACUCGCUGGAGCCCGUCGCUGCUGAGCUCAAGUCCCUGCUGGGGAAGGACGUCACCUUCCUGAAGGACUGUGUGGGUGCAGAGGUGGAAGCCGCCUGCGCGAACCCCGCCGCAGGAGCCGUAAUCCUGCUGGAGAACCUUCGCUUCCAUGUGGCAGAGGAGGGAAAGGGCAAGGACCCCUCAGGAAACAAGACAAAAGCAUCCCAGGAGCAGAUUGACUCCUUCAGGGCGUCUCUGUCCAAACUGGGAGACGUCUACGUCAACGACGCCUUUGGCACAGCUCACAGAGCACACAGCUCCAUGGUGGGCGUCAACCUGCCCCAGAAGGCAGCCGGCUUUCUGAUGAAGAAGGAGCUGGACUAUUUUGCCAUGGCUCUGGAGAAACCUCAGAGGCCUUUCCUGGCCAUCCUCGGAGGGGCAAAGGUGAAAGAUAAGAUCCAGCUCAUCAACAACAUGCUGGAUAAGGUGGACGAGAUGAUCAUCGGCGGCGGCAUGGCCUUCACCUUCCUCAAAGUCCUCAACAACAUGCAGAUCGGCAACUCCCUGUACGACGAGGAGGGUGCCGCCAUCGUCAAGGACCUGAUGGCCAAAGCCGAGAAGAACGGCGUCAAGAUCACACUGCCCGUCGAUUUUGUCACCGCUGACAAGUUCGACGAGAAGGCCACCACGGGUACCGCCACUGUGGCCGCCGGCAUCCCCGCUGGCUGGAUGGGUUUGGACUGCGGACCCGAGAGCUCCAAGGCGUACGGCGAGGCGGUGGCCAGAGCCAAGCAGAUCGUGUGGAACGGCCCGGUGGGCGUGUUUGAGUGGGACAACUUUGCAAAGGGGACAAAGAACCUGAUGGACAAAGUGGUGGAGGUGACCAAGGCGGGCUGCAUCACCAUCAUCGGCGGGGGUGACACUGCCACCUGCUGUGCCAAGUGGAACACUGAGGACAAGGUCAGCCACGUGAGCACAGGAGGCGGAGCCAGCCUGGAGCUGCUGGAAGGCAAAGUUCUGCCUGGAGUGGAUGCGCUGAGCAACGUCUAAACCUCCUUCCCAUCAGCCCGCUAACGUGUGUGUGAAUGUGUGAGAUUGAGUGUGUGUGAUUGACAGGUGAGUAGUAGCUAAGCUUUAUCGCAGAUCACUCACCUGUGACAAGUAGAGCAUCUGCCUUAUUUCAAUUCAAAGACUUGUGUUAGAGCAGAUGGAUUGUUAACCUGCUGAACUACACUGACUAUUUGCUCUCUCUUUAGCGAGUCAGUCAUUCCCUGAUUAGUUGACGGUAGGUUGUAUUAGUGGAUGUUGCUUCAUAACAUCACUACUAAUAAAAUCACAUUGGUUUAAACAUGCAGUAUAAGAAUGGUUGAUGUUACCUUCACUGUCUGUCUGGUCACAAGUUAAUAAAUGUCUAUAAAAACA